AACCUUAUGUUGACAGCCUUCGACCCCUCGAAGGACCUGAGAGCCAAAUGGUUUCACAGAAUUUCUUUCUGCAUUCCCACUCCUCCUACUACGAGUAUACGUUUCGUUCAACUACUCAUCCCCACACUCCACAAAGUAGUAUCGUUCGCAUUGAAUCUCAGAUCGAUUGCUGUGUCUCCACAAUAGGAAAGGGUAGUCAUAACACCCCGCGGCGGCAUCGAAAUUGCAAUUUCGUUUCUUGUCCUCGCCUCCUCAUGUCUGCGUUCGUAUUCCCAGAUCCUCCCACCGCCGCCACACUAGCGGAUGCUCGCCGUGAUCUAGAUGGUACGAAGCUUUCUGUGAAGAAGCUCGCCGCGAAGAUCGAGGAUGCGGAAGGGCGGCUCGCUCGUAUUGUGCAGGAGUCCAAAACCGCCAUUCAGGCGUUGGAGAAUGAGAAAGCGGCCUUGGAGAAGCAUCUGGAGUAUACGCAGGCUUAUAUAUCUCCAAUGAGGAGGCUGCCGCGGGAACUCUUGGAACAAAUCUUCUUGUUUAACUUUGAGGAUUACCCAUGUUGCGCAUGGGUGCUAUCCUCAGUUUGUUCGUCAUGGCGAAGGUUGGCACUAUCCAUGCCGAAGCUAUGGUCAAAGAUCCGCUUGGUUACUUCGUCAGAAGCUCCUGCGGACACCGUACGUCUGUGGCUCGAGCGUUCUGGACACAAGAUCCCCCUUGAUAUUGAGAUAUUUCUCCAUUCACCACCAUCAGCUGCGUCUUCCAGUACUCGCCCACGUCCCCCAAGACGAACAACUUCAAACACCAUUUUGAUAGCUGACAAUUGGGGUGCUAAUGAUUGGACACCUGCUAUGACACCCCCGCCUCAGGGCAUAGCUAUUCCAAUCUCUCCUUACGUCUCUGUGCAUGCAGCGGGUGGCACACUCCUGCCUGUGAACCUGCAUGCCCAAAACGAGAGCAUGAUGCCGCCAAUAGUAGGAUCCGAGCGCCCUCGCGAUACGGCGAAUUCCUCGAAGUCAAGAUCGACUACGCAAUAUUGGGGAUACAUCGCUAUUUCCUACCUCGUCGAGCAAAUUCAUCGCUGGGAACGGUUUGUAUUCAGAUUCGAUAAACAAUUCCCGUCUGUGGCGGCGCUAAAGUCUAUCGUUGGUGAUGCGCCGCUGCUGCGCGAGUUCGAGGUUUCGUGUGCAGAAGGGAUGUCUUCUGGUAUUCCUCUUGAUUGGCCGUGGCUACCAUGUGCGCAAGCGGAUAGCACGUACAAACUUGAUCAACUGAAGUCGGUGACAUUGCAAUAUGUCCCGUUCAAAUGGUCCACCCCGAUGCUCCAGAAUCUUCAGAAUCUGACUCUUCGCUCUAUGCCUAGCACCUACGUCAAUACUGAUCGAGUGCUGCAUAUCAUAGCCAGUUGCCCCUCCUUGGAGAGUCUCUCCUUGCAUUUCAAUGCGGUACACUCCGCAGUAUUGCCAUUAACUCCCACGACUCUGUCGGAAUUGAAGUCUUUCAACGUCGGAGGGCACUAUAAUUUGGUCGCAGUCAUCGACACUCUUAUCCUUCCAUCACUCGAGUCAAUCACAUUUGAUAUCGAUACCCGAGAUCCCAUAGAAGAUUCCCUCACCUCACUUCUCCUCCGCUCAAGUCAUCCCCCGCUCGCACAUCUCUCCCUUUCCUACUCCUCAGCGAAUGCUGGGGUGGGAGUAUAUUACGGUGCAGGAUCCUCCAUUACCUCAUGGAACUUCCUCAGAGACAUGGAUACCCUCCGAACCUUGCAAGUUGGUGGCACACCAUUCGAGUCUUUAUUGAUGAUCCUCGGCACACCUGAAGACGAUGAUCGUUGGAUAUGUCCUAAUCUGACCAAACUCAACAUGCGCGCGUGUCAGGCACACACGAACGGCGCAGCUAAACUCGUCCGACUUGUCGAUGCUCGUAAUCCCGAUCAUACAGGAGGUUCCAUGCUAGCUCAAUUCGGUGGUGGGACUGCCCCUGCGAAACUGCGGCAUCUGGAGGUCCACGAUUGUGCGGUUUUGGGGGAGGAUGUGAUUGAAUGGCUCAAGAAUCGUAUAGAUGAAGUAAUUUGUACUGAACCUAUGUAUGACAGUUCGAUUUACUCGCCAAGAAGUCCGCCCUACCAUGAUACCUAUGUAUGAAGUUAUCGGUGCACCGAUUUGAAGUGAUUGAACGGAUCUGCAAAAUUACUUAUAUUCUUGUCUUUUGGGUUCUCAGAGUUGCUUCUCAUUAUGUAUUUGUAUGCUCCGAUAGCUUAUAUAACCUUACGUGAUACCACAUGCUGGGCAAAGACACACUUCAUUGCAUCG